CGUCCCCGCCCGCGGGCGCGCCGGGCUCGGACAUGGAGCCGCUGUUCCUGGCCUGGAGCUACUUCAGGCGCAGGAGGUUCCAGCUCUGCGCCGAUCUGUGCACGCAGAUACUGGAGAAGUCCCCUUGUGACCAGGCGGCCUGGAUUUUGAAAGCGCGAGCACUGACUGAAAUGGUGUACGUAGAUGAAAUUGACAUAGAUCAGAACGGAAUUGCAGAAAUGAUGCUGGAUGAGAAUGCUAUUGCUCAAGUUCCCCGUCCUGGAACAUCUCUGAAACUCCCUGGAACUAAUCAGACAGGAGGGCCUAGCCCCACGGUCAGGCCGAUCACUCAGGCUGGAAGACCCAUUACAGGUUGUCUGAGGUCCGGCACGCAGAGCGGAAGGCCAGGCACUUUGGAGCAGGCCAUCAGGAUGCCGAGGACCGCCUACACUGCCCGCCCCAUUGCCAGCUCGUCUGGGAGGUUUGUCAGGCUGGGAACGGCUUCCAUGCUUACAAGUCCUGAUGGACCUUUUAUAAAUUUAUCUAGACUGAAUUUAACAAAAUAUGCCCAGAAACCUAAAUUGGCAAAGGCUCUGUUUGAGUAUAUCUUUCAUCAUGAAAAUGAUGUUAAGACUGCUUUGGAUUUGGCUGCCCUUUCCACGGAGCAUUCUCAGUACAAGGACUGGUGGUGGAAAGUGCAGCUUGGAAAAUGUUACCACAGGUUAAGAUUGUAUCGUGAAGCAGAGAAACAGUUUAAAUCAGCCCUGAAGGAGCAGGAAAUGGUAGAUACAUUUCUCUACUUGGCAAAAGUUUACAUCUCAUUGGAUCAACCCGUGACUGCUAUAAAUCUUUUCAAACAAGGCUUAAACAAGUUUCCAGGAGAGGUAACCUUACUUUAUGGAAUUGCCAGGAUCUAUGAGAAAAUGAACAAUACGUCGUCAGCCGCUGAAUACUACAAAGAGGUUUUGAAACAAGACAAUACCCACGUGGGAGCCAUUGUGUUCAUUGGGAUUGACCACUUCUACGCUGAGCAGCCAGAAGUAGCUCUCCGGUUUUUCAGGCGAGUCCUCCAGAUGGGUGUUUACAACUGCCCGCUUUUUAACAACCUGGGGCUGUGUUGCUUCUACGCCCAGCAGUACGAUAUGACUCUGACCUCGUUUGAACGUGCCCUUUCUCUGGCUGAAGAUGAAGAGGAGGUCGCUGCCGUCUGGUACAACUUGGGACAUAUUGCCGUGGGGGUAGGGGACAUGAACCUGGCCCACCAGUGCUUCCGGCUGGCUCUGGUGAGCGACAACAGCUUCGCGGAGGCCUACAACAACCUGGCCGUGCUGGAGAUGCGGAGGGGCCACGUGGAGCAGGCAAAAGCACUGUUACAAACUGCAUCAUCUUUAAUACCCAAUUUGUACGAGCCACAUUUUAACUUUGCAACAAUUUCUGAUCAGGUUCUCAUUCUAUGGUCUUAUUCUGGUCUGCUAUUCCUUACAGAUUGGAGAUCUACAGAGGAGUUAUGUUGCUGCUCAGAAGUCUGCGGCAGCAUUUCCAGCUCACAUGGACACACAACGCUUAAUUGAGCAGUUAAAGCAGCAUUUUGCUACGCUCUGAUUUUUCCUCAGCUAAAUAUAUUCGUAUAUAUGUAUUUAGGGAAAAAGUAGUAUAUUUGUAAUACAAACCUGUGCUUGAUAUUAGUGAAGGUGACAUAAGGGGAUUUAAACCAGAAUGUUUAAAACUGUACAAUAAUAACUUAAUAAGAUAACAUCAUUUUUAAAAGACAAGAUUUUAAUCGUUUGUAAGCAGAUCGUGACCUCCUCCAUAGUAUAUGGUACGUGUUUGUUUACAACGUUUACAAAACAUUUUCAUGAAUUUCUUCAAAUUGUUAAAAAUACACAUUGUUAAUGUCCGUUAGUUGGCCAUUAGCUAGCAUGUAGCUUAAGAGGUGUGAAAUCUGCCUUUAAAGUUGCACUUUUAUGGCUAAAAAUUAUAUACUUACCCUUGGUACAGACUUUUGAAAUUAAAGGUUGUAUUUAAAGCUGUUUUUUAUGAAAUGCUUUGUGAGACAUUUGACAUUUUCUUAUAUAUUAUGCUUUAAAUAAAUGUGUAUAAAACACCA